UCUUCCUCUACCGUCCUCCUUAACUAUUAUUCUCUCCAGAGUCCAGAACUGUCAGUAUCAUCGACCCUGCUUUAUACUCACCCUCUCCUUUCACUUGGGCGCAGGCGCUUUGUUUUUGUUUUUUCCCUGCUAGAAGAGGAAACCCCAUGAAUUUGCUGCAGAGGGAGGAGUUUAUGCAACUCUGCGUCUCUCGACGAUCGCUACUGUAAAACAGAAAUGAAGGACCGCCGGAAACGAGAGGUGGUGCCAUGGAGCACGUCCUUCUGGUGCGCUCUCUUCAUGGUUUUGUCCUGCGUGCUCUUCACAGGCCUCACCUUCUCUACUUUUCGUCGCUUCGGAGAGUCGUUCCAUCCAGUUCUGAUUUCCGCCUGGCAGAAUCCGGCCAUGGAAGCCAUCUCCGGAGACUCUUCCCUCCCUCCCGCUAUCGAGAUUAAAGAAACGGUCUUCUUCCCAGAUCAAAUCCUAAUUUUCCUAAAGUACCCUCCAUCUUCGGCUUCCUUAUUAACUAAAGAGGACCUUGACUGUGUUUACACCCCGCCAAAUUCCUCUCAUCCCCUCCGGAAGCUUCCGCCGCUCCGGUUAGACCGCCAGCGUCCCGAUUACGAAAUCGUACGGUGCCCCUUUGAACAGCGUGGCUUUACCGUUUCUCUUGCCUUAAAAUCCAACGGUGGCCAUCUUCCUGCAGGUUCCGUCCACCGCUGGGAUUCCCUGGUAUACGAAGCGUUGCUCGAUCGAGACAACACCACCAUCGUCUUCGUUAAAGGUUUAAACUUGCGGCCCAAUAGGCUCUCCGAUCCCUCGAGAUUCGAGUGCGUGUACGAUGGGGAUUUCAACAGUACGAAGCACCUAUUGAGGUCGGACGUUAUAUCCGUUGCUCAGGAAAUCGUACGGUGUAAGACCCCUCUCAUUGUAAUGAACGGCCCACAUAACCCUAAUAACUCUAUGAAGGUCUCCAUUCGGGUCAAAGGCGGGCGCAUCUUAAACUCGGUGGCCCAUCCGGAAGCGGUCGAACCGGAUGCAGGAAAGUAUGAGAUGUGUGUGUGCACCAUGUUGCGCAACCAAGCGAGAUUCCUGCAAGAGUGGGUCAUGUACCAUGGCCGGAUCGGCGUUCAACGUUGGUUCAUUUACGACAACAACAGCGAUGAUGACAUCCACAGGAUGAUCGAGAUGUUGAAAGGCUCCGGUUACAACAUGACCCGGCAUGCAUGGCCGUGGAUCAAGACCCAGGAAGCGGGUUUUUCGCAUUGUGCAAUGCGGGCACGGGAGUCGUGCAAGUGGGUCGGGUUCAUUGACGUGGACGAGUUCUUAUACAUGCCGUCCGGCCUGUAUUUGCACGAUGUUGUGAGGAACCAAUCCGGGUCUUACUACUCGGACCAUGGCCAGGUUGGGGAGAUACGGAUCUCAUGUCAUAGCUUCGGUCCAUCGGGGCUGAAACGUGUUCCUGAGAAAGGGGUUACCGUCGGGUAUACGUGUCGGAUGGGUACCCCGGAGCGGCACAAGAGUAUAGUGAGGCCGGAAGCGUUGAAUUCAACGCUGAUAAAUGUGGUGCACCAUUUUCAUCUGAGGGAAGGGUUCAAGUACGUGGACGUGGAGAGAGGAGUGAUGGUGAUUAAUCACUACAAGUAUCAAGUGUGGGAGGUGUUCAAGGAGAAGUUCUAUAGGAGGGUUGCCACCUACGUAGCUGAUUGGCGUGUCAAGGAGAAUGUGGGGUCCAAAGAUCGGACACCGGGUUUGGGUACAAAGGCGGUUGAGCCCCGGGAUUGGUCGAAUCGAUUUUGUCAGGUGAUGGACACUGGGCUGAGGGAUUGGGUGUUACGGGUCAUGGCCGACCCUCACACUGGCAUUCUCCCCUGGCAGGAACAAAAUGAUAGAUCGUUGAUUGAAGAAAGUAAAGACGGCAGACAAUACCCAAUUCAAAAAUAUCGACCGUUGCUGAGAAAUUUCACCCUUCCGGUCUUCCCUCUGUCCGACUUCCGACCCAUACUCUGCUUCUACCUUGCACAAGUUAAGAAGAAACAAAGAAUGACUACGGAAGACAAUGAGAGCCCGCCAAACGCAGAAGUCCCAACAAAAGAACUCGUAGAUGUCGAAAACUUGGGAAACCUAGAAAGCAUCAUGAGUCCCAGAUUCCGAACCGUGGCGGCGAUGGCCGGUUGGGACGAAGAAGCACUUCUAUUGGCCACUCUAAUUGUCGAAGACACGCCAGACAGAGAAUCCAAAGAGAAGAAACGCGCCCAUUUGCAGUUUAAGUCUCCACAAACCAGUUCGAGAAGAAAACGCAGAGCUCAGAGACGAAAUCCUGCUUCAAUUCCUAUUGUUGUUCUUAACCUUGAUGAUGAGGAGACUACAGGAGAAGAAGAUGCAGCGAAGAAGAUGGAGUCAAAAGUUAAAGUGAUCGAAGAGAAAAAGAGAGAAGAAGACGGAGUUGCUUUGCCUGAAAAGGCAUCUGAUGCUUCUUCUUCGCGUUCAUCUCUCCCUUGCAUGGAUAGACUGAGGGAAGAGCUAUCUUGUGCGAUCUGUCUUGAGAUUUGCUUCGAACCCAGUACCACUCCUUGUGGUCACAGCUUUUGCAAGAAAUGUCUAAGAUCUGCAGCUGAUAAAUGUGGAAAGCGAUGCCCAAAAUGCAGGCAAUUAAUUGGAAAUGGGCGAUCCUGCACAGUGAACACGGUUCUUUGGAACACCAUACAACUUCUGUUUCCAGCAGAAGUUGAAGCAAGAAAAGCAACAGGGGCCCUAAACAGCCGUGAAGCUGCGCGCCGGAGCCCUGGAAAGGGUAACACACGGAAUCGAAUUAUCCCACUUUCUAGCAGAAUGAGCAGAGAAAUUAGUGCGUCGAGAAGAGAAGUGCCUAGUCCGGAGGAAGAGGUGGAUGCUGCAUUGGCUUUCACUGCGAGAAGAAGAAGAGGAGUAACUGGUCAAGAACUGGAUGAUGUAUUGGAUAUUAGUGUGAGAGGACGAAGAAGAGUUCCUGGUCGAGUGGAUGAUGGUUCUGCAUUGGCUUUUACUAGGGAGGGAAGCCCUAAUCAUGAGGAGGAUGCUGCAUUGGCUUUUAGGUUUCAGAGGGAAGAAUUCAUGGAGGCGUUUAGGGGAACCACCUAUCACCAUCAUAUGCAACCAAGAAGCUCUCUUUCCUCAGCCAGAGCAAACUUGAGAGCCAUGGCAUCCAGAGCCAUGAAACUUCGCAUCAGAGGCCGGUCGACUUAGUCUCUUUAUCUCUAAUCUUUCAUCUUCUGAGGGUUUCCUUAGAAAAGCAUGGUUGCUUCGUUUGUUCUACAUGCUGAAGACAAUUUUGAAAUAAUACCUUGAAAAUAGCAGCUUGUUUUCUCUGCUCCAAAAAAUUCUCCAGUGAAAACCUUGUUAUUGGUGUUGUUUACUAGUUGUCAUUUACUUAUUAUUGUA